AAAUCCUAAUCCUAAUCCUAAUUACGGCAAACAUAAACCCUAGCCAAACAAAACCUACCCUAAAAAAACAAAGAAAUACGAGAAACCGUCGAUGUGUUGUGUUCCAUUGACAUUGAACUUAGACUUGAAGCACUGAAAAUUAACCCGGACAUGUUACCGUUAAAAAAACUAGAUUGAAUAAUUAUCGAUAAAUCCGAUUGCUGAAAAUCAACAAAACGCAUAUCAGCGUUUCAUAACAGUGACCACUGCCGACUCCGCUUACGCAAGCUCCCAAAGCCGAAACCCUAAUUCAUCAUUCAAUUUCCCCCUUUUCUUGCAUGCUUUGUUAUUGCUGUGCAAUAUGGAUUUGGUUUCUAAUUGCAAGGAAAAAUUGGCAUAUUUUCGUGUAAAAGAUCUUAAAGAUGUGCUUACUCAGGUAGGGCUUUCAAAGCAGGGAAAGAAGCAGGAUCUUGUCGAUAGGAUAUUAUCUAUUCUCUCAGAUGAACAAGUUGUCAAAGUGAGUGCUAAGAAGAAUGCUGUUGAUAAAGAACAAUUGGUAAAAUUAGUGGAUGACACAUAUAGAAAACUUCAGGUAUCUGGAGCCACUGAUACAGCAUCAAAGGGGCACGGUGCUUCAGACAGCAGUAAUGUGAAAAUUAAAGGUGAAGUUGCUGAUUCCUUUCAAUCAGAUACAAAGGUUCGCUGUCUCUGUGGAAGUUCAUUGGAAACAGAUCUAUUGAUCAAGUGUGAAGAUACAAAAUGCCCUGUGUCACAGCAUAUCAAUUGCGUUAUUAUUCCAGAUAAACCCAUUGAAGAUCUCCCGGCACUUCCAGAUAAAUUUUAUUGUGAAAUAUGCCGUCUCAGUCGUGCAGACCCGUUUUCGGUUUCAAUGACACACCCUUUAUUUCCGGUGAAGUUGAUUACAACCCAUAUUCCAACUGACGGAACCAACCCUGUGCAGACUAUUGAGAAAACAUUUCAACUUACAAGAGCAACCAAGGAUUUGUUAUUAAAACAAGACUUUGAAAUUCAGGUUUGGUGCAUGCUUCUGAACGACAAAGUUCCAUUCAGGAUGCAAUGGCCACAAUAUGCAGACCUACUGGUCAAUGGUUAUUCUGUUCGUGCAAUUAAUAGACCUGGUUCACAAUUGCUUGGGGCUAAUGGUCGUGAUGAUGGCCCAAUUAUCACGCCAUAUACAAAAGAAGGAGUUAACAAGAUUUGUUUGACGGGGUGCGACACUCGCAUUUUCUGUUUAGGGGUCCGCAUUAUUAGAAGGCGCACCGUGCAACAGGUCCUCAACUUGAUUCCCAAGGAGUCUGAUGGUGAGCGUUUUGAAACUGCUCUUGCACGUGUCUGUUGUCGUGUUGGGGGUGGAAAUUCAGCUAAUGAUGCUGAUAGUGACAGUGAUCUGGAGGUGGUUUCAGAUACUUUUAGCAUCAACCUUCGUUGUCCGAUGAGUGGUUCAAGAAUGAAGAUUGCAGGAAGAUUCAAACCUUGUGUUCACAUGGGUUGUUUUGAUCUUGAAGUUUUUGUGGAAAUGAAUCAACGUUCAAGAAAGUGGCAAUGCCCCAUAUGUCUCAAAAACUAUGCAUUGGAGAAUAUCAUUAUUGAUCCGUAUUUCAAUCGCAUCACUUCUAUGAUGAAAAACUGUGGGGAUGAGUUUACAGAGGUGGAGGUGAAGCCUGAUGGUUAUUGGCGUGUCAAAGCUAAGAAUGAAAGUGAACGCCGCGAGUUAGGGAAUCUUGCUAAAUGGCACUCCCCCGACGGGUCCCUCUCUGUUUCUACUAGUGGAGAAGACAAGAAAGCGGAAACCUUGAAUGUCAAACAGGAAGGUGUUUCAGACAGUCCUAAUGGCUUAAGACUUGGCAUUAGGAAAAAUCGUAAUGGAGUUUGGGAAGUAAGCAAACCCAUUGAAACAAACACCUCUUCUGAUAAUAGGUUGAAUGCAAAUUUAGGAAAUCAUGAACUUGUGGUUAUUCAAAUGAGCAGCAGUGGCACUGGAAGCGGAUUGGAUGGUGAUGAUCCAAGCGUAAAUCAGAGUGGUGGUGGGCAUAUAGAUUAUUCUGCUACCAAUGGGAUUGAGACGGAUUCUGUGCGUCACACUAAUGUUAAUUCAACUUAUGGAUAUACUAUUCCUAACACUUCUGCUCCAAUGGCUGAUGCAGAUAUUAUUGUUCUUAGUGAUUCUGAAGAUGAUGAUAUAUUAGUAUCUGCUACAGAUGGUUGCAACAAUAAUCAAACUGGUGAUGCAGUUGAUGUUUACUCAGUGCCUCCACCUGGAAUUACCGAUCCAUAUGCUGGAGAUCCCAAUAUUGAUGGAAAUUCAUGCUUGGGAGUUUAUGAUAAUCCCGGUGUUUGUUUUGGGGUCCCCUCUCUCUGGCCAUUGCAUUCUGGAACUCAGGCAAGCUCAGGAUUCCAACUAUUCAGUUCUGAUGUGGAUGUGUCUGAUGCAUUGGUUCAUGGUGAUAUUAAUUGCUCCUCAUCACUGAAUAGUUAUACAUUGGCUCCAGACGCUGCUCUGGGAUCUAAUACUCUAAUACCCAAUUCAUCCACUGAUCAGUCUGACACUGAUUUAAAUGGUGGCUUGGUUGACAAUCCAUUGGCAUUUGGUGGAAACGAUCCCUCGCUUCAGAUUUUUCUUCCUACAAGACCAGCAGAAUCAUCUAUGCAGCCUGAAUUAAGAGACCGCACAGAUGUGUCGAAUGGCGUCUGUACAGAGGAUUGGAUCUCUCUUAGCCUCGGAGGUGGGGCUGGUGGCAGUAAUGGUGAUGCUUCCACGCCAAAUGGUUUGAAUUCCGAACCGCAAAUUCCAUCCAGAAAAGAUGCCACACAUUCUUUAACUGAAACCGCUUCUUUGCUUCUUGGUAUGAAUGAUGCUGGUUCUGACAAAGCAAGUAAGAAAAGAUCAGAAGGCCCUUUCUCAUUUCCCCGCCAAAAACGUUCAGUAAGGCAGCGCUUGCAUCUUUCUAUUGGUUCAGAUUCUGAGUAGAGGGAAUUACACCUCUAAUAGCUUUAGAUGUCCUUGCCGCUACAUUCUGUAUCUAGAAACUGAUGAAGUUAGAGCAGCAUUUUUGGUCUCAGGAAGUGAAAGUUGUUGUGUCAUGAAACAUCUCUGAUGGAACAGCGCUACAAAAUUUUCCCUUGCGAAAUCCUCUUCCUCCUGUAGGGUGUCAUUUCCCUAUUGGGAAAGAAGUAUGUUGGCUGGAACUGUCCUCGGUUAUUUAUGCAGAUAUAUUUUCAGAGUUGUCCUAACGACAACACAUGAUAGUGCUGCUUUUGUCCAGAUGGGCAUUUAGAUUGGAUAGUUCAAAUUAUUAUAUCUGCAAUUUUGUCUCUGCUGCUGAUAGCCAUUAACCUGUACAGUUUCAGCCAACAAAUUGAAUAGGAAAAUGAAAAGUUUUAUUAUUUACACCCAGGUAGACGCUCGCUUUUGUAAUAUAUAUGGUUGCUAAUAUUUUGUAUUAUAAUUUAGGAACUAGAUAGAGUGGCCUCCUGGAUUAGCAAAUUUUUAUGAGGAUCAACAUUUCAUCCGUUGUUGUAUUUAGUUCUAGCUCGCGGUGUUCCAAUUUGGAGCACAGCUCGAGUUGAAUUGUUGUAAUAUAGUACAAGCUUCAAUGUGGUGGAAAUAUUGAGCCUCUGCGCUGGUUUGUCGAAAUGAAAGGACAAUUUGCAA